UCAGCCUCCCAAAGUGCUGGGAUUCCAGGUGUGAGCCACCACAUCCAGCUAAAGGAGGUCACUUUUGCACUGAGACUUGAAAGAAGUGAGAGAGCAAACCAUUGGGUUAUAUCCAGGAACGGCAUUCUAGGCAGUAGGAACAGCCCAUGUGAAGGCCCUGAGGCAGGAUGGUGACUGGCUGGUUUCAAGGAACAGCGAAGGGUCUGUUUUAGUGGAGCGAAGUGAGCAAGGAGGACAGGUCCAUACAGGGCGUUUGUAGCCACCAAGGAGUCUGGUUUUUAUUCUAACUGGAACAGGAAGGAUUUUCAGUCCAGGAGAGGCAAGGUGUGCGGAUGGAGAGGGUUGAGAAGGGUGGAGGGGGAGGGUGCAGGUGCGGUGGUUCAUGGAGCCACCGUGGUGGCCUGGACAGGUGGUGGCUGUGGAGGUGGAGAGGAAGGCAUGGAUCCAAGGUGGUGGCAUCACCAAGCACCCACCAAACACGGGUGGCUGUGGGCCAGGCCUGUGCUGGCCACCUCUGUCCCCUGUCCCUCUGCAGGCCCACAGAGGACCAUGAAGGUGCUUCUCCUCACAGGGCUGGGGGCCCUGUUCUUCGCCUAUUAUUGGGAUGACAACUUCGACCCAGCCAGCCUCCAGGGAGCGCGAGUGCUGCUGACAGGGGCCAACGCUGGUGUUGGUGAGGAGCUGGCCUAUCACUACGCGCGUCUGGGCUCCCACCUGGUGCUCACUGCCCACACUGAGGCUCUCCUGCAGAAGGUGGUAGGGAACUGCCGGAAGCUGGGCGCCCCCAAGAUCUUCUACAUCGCAGCGGACAUGGCCUCCCCCGAGGCGCCCGAGAGCGUGGUGCAGUUUGCGCUGGACAAGCUGGGCGGGCUGGACUACCUCGUGCUGAACCACAUCGGUGGCGCCCCAGCCGGCACGCGAGCCCGCAGCCCCCAGGCGACGCGCUGGCUCAUGCAGGUAAACUUUUUGAGCUACGUGCAACUGACGUCGCGGGCGCUGCCCAGCCUGACAGACAGCAAAGGCUCCCUGGUGGUGGUGUCCUCGCUGCUCGGUGCGUGCACCCGGCCCCGGCUCUGCGGGACGGGGAGUGGGGAGCUCGAUGCGGGUGAGCCUGGAGUGUCUGGGCAGGCUUCCCGGACGAGGAGGAGCCACUCAGCCGCUGCUGUCCGCGCCCCCAGGCCGCGUGCCCACGUCGUUCUCCACUCCCUACUCGGCGGCCAAGUUCGCGCUGGACGGCUUCUUCGGCUCCCUGCGGCGGGAGCUGGACGUGCAGGACGUGAACGUGGCCAUCACCAUGUGCGUCCUGGGCCUCCGAGAUCGCGCCUCCGCCGCCGAGGCAGUCAGGGGAGUCACGAGGGUCAAGGCGGCCCCGGGGCCCAAGGCAGCCCUGGCCGUGAUCCGCGGCGGCGCCACGCGCGCGGCCGGCGUCUUCUACCCGUGGCGUUUCCACCUGUUGUGUUUGCUCCGGCGCUGGCUGCCGCGCCCGCGGGCCUGGUUUAUCCGCCAGGAGCUCAACGUCACGGCUGCGGCUGCAGCCUGAGCACCCGGGGGUGCCCUUCCACGUCCCAGACGACAGCGUUCCUCUCUCCAAUUGUCCCUGGAGCUAGAACACUCACAGAGACACCCCUGAGAGGGUGGCCACAGCCCAAGAUGAAGUCAUCAAGACAGAAAAGCAAAACCGAGAAAAUCGACGGGCACCUGGAACCAAUCACAGCUUCGGAGGUGCAGGUGCCCCGUGUUAGGCGCCUUUGUCGGGGACUUGCAAGGCCUCACCUGUUUGGCCAUGAUGGAUGAUAUGACUUCUUCCAUUUUGCAGAUGAGGAAACUGAGGCUCAGAGAGGUCACGCCACCCAUGAGCCACCCAUGGACCCCUCUCCAUCUCCUGCCUGCACCUCUAAGUCCCUGAUUUAUUCUUUCCACUCAUUCCACCUGGGAGGAACCCCCACAACUCCUGCCAGCUUCCCCUAGCUGGGGUCUCUGGUACUCUUCACACCUGCAGGGACGUCUACACUGUUCAUCUACCUGGUGGCAGGGUCUGAGCGGGAGGAGGAGGGAAAGAGUGUCUUCUGAGCUGGACCCAGCCUCCGGUUUGAGAGUAAAAACUCUUCUUCUCUUGCA